AUGGAACAUCAGAGCAAAAAGUCAAAUGAGGAGAACACUACGGUCGAUUGGUGGUCAGAAUUUGCAAAGGAAUCGGCCGUACAUGGCAUGCCGUAUUUGGCUCGCAAGGAUUUCCAUUGGAUUGAACGCAUCUUCUGGUUGGCCAUGAUUAUAGCAGCUGCCUAUUAUGCCAUUAGCAGCUGCUAUUCGCAAUGGGAACGCUAUCGUGAUAAUCCAAUUGUCUAUGAAUACGAAUAUCUCUAUGCCCUGAAAAACUUCACCUUUAUUGGUGUUACUUUCUGUACACACUAUGAAAGUGAAGAUCAAGUCAGUGAGGUUAUCAAAGACACUUGGUCACUGGAUGUCAACGAUUCGGAGUCUUUAAAGGUGGCUUAUUAUCGUCAAUUUCUUUAUACUCUCAAUCGUUUGCGAUACACAAAUCUCGAGACUUUGAAAGACUAUAAAAAUGAUGAAUCCUUGAACAAUCUAAGCUAUGUGAAUAUCUUAUUAAAACUUCAGCAUAAUGUUUUGCCACUCAACGAGAUAGCACCAACAAUUACAGCGCCAAUAAUUACCGAAAUGGGUCUAUGUCAAACAACAGGACAAUUGAACCGUUAUAGCAAUCCAUUUGGCAAAGUGCAAACUUUGAAUGUAACACCCAUGCGUCAUUGCGGCUUCUUUAAUGAAUGUCAAUUGAAGCAUAUACCAUUCAAUAGUAUACAAACCGAAUUAUAUCUGUACAUACACGAUGUAAAUGAAGUGGCCUUGCCCAAUGAUCGUCAGACGGUGACCUUUAAUGCUGGCGAUGUUAGUUCAUAUAUAUUGAAAUUAUUACUCACAUCGAUAUCGGCUGAAAAUGAAGUACGCAACUUGCCGGUAGCCUAUCGCAAGUGUCGCUAUCACGACGAAAAUAACCUUCAGUAUUUUAAUCCCUAUCAUCCAAGUCUCUGUCGUUUAGAGUGCCGUAUAAAUUGGGCCCUAAAACUGUGCCAUUGUCGUCCCUUUUUCUAUACCCUACCACAGGAGGCACCUGUUUGCAAUGUCACUGGCAUGCUGUGCUUGCAUGAAAAGAAAUGGCUGGAAAAACCUUGCCAAUGUUUUCCAUUAUGCCGGCAGACCACUUACAAUAUUGUCGAGGAAUUCGAACAGAGCGGAGGUGGUCAGAAAUAUGUGGGUGAGCAAUUUGAGCGUACUGUCAUACUUAAGCUGGAGUUACCCAAAAUGGGCAUGAAACGUCGUGUGGUGUUUAGUGCUGAUCAAUUGAUCAUGUCAUUUGGUGGGGCAAUCGGUUUAUUUUUAGGCGCCAGUUUUAUGACCAUCUAUGGUUUAAUCUAUUUAUUUUUGUAUUUCAUCUAUGUCAAAUGCAAAUCUAAGCAAAAAUUUAAGAGGCAUCAACGAAAGCAAAUUUAG